AUGGAAGGAAGUAAUCAUUUGCGUAAAUGUGGGCAAUCUGUUCGAAGAUUAAGGCGAACUCAAUCAUUUUAUUGGAAUAGGGAAGUUGCCGCUAUACCAUCAGUUCCUUCUGUGAAGCCUAGAACGUUGGUAGGAACAACCUUCUUGAAGUUUCUUGCGGAGAAUGAAUCAACAUUUGACCUUCUAUAUUGCAUCGCAUUCAAGCUGAUGGACCAUCAGUGGCUAGCCAUGCAUGCUUCUUACAUGGACUUCAAUGUUUUGAUCACUCAAAAUAGGACUUUGGAAAGUGCAUUGGGACUGGUAAAUGAUACAUAUGGUGGCUGCACGGAGAUAGCUCCGUACAGCACGGAUCUGGAACUGGUGAUUGUUGAUGCUGAUAUAGUGAUAUAUGCCCAUUUAUCCAAUUGUCAUUGA